AGAGAGAGAGAGAGAGAGAGAGAGAGAGAGAGAGAGAGAGAGAGAGAGAGAGAGAGAGAGAGAGAGAUGGUUUCGCUUAAGCUCCAGAAACGGCUAUCAGCCAGCGUUCUGAAGUGUGGAAAGGGAAAGGUUUGGCUCGAUCCAAAUGAAGUCAACGAGAUUUCGAUGGCCAACUCCCGCCAGAACAUAAGGAAGCUGGUUAAAGAUGGUUUUAUCAUCAGGAAACCAACCAAGAUUCACUCUCGAUCUCGUGCCCGUCGCAUGAAGGAAGCCAAGAGAAAAGGACGCCACUCUGGAUAUGGUAAGCGGAAGGGUACAAGGGAGGCAAGGUUGCCCACAAAGGUCUUGUGGAUGAGAAGGAUGCGCGUUCUCAGACGCUUGCUUCGCAAGUAUAGGGAAUCAAAGAAGAUUGACAAGCACAUGUACCAUGACAUGUACAUGAAAGUUAAGGGUAACGUGUUUAAGAACAAGAGAGUCCUCAUGGAGAGCAUCCACAAAUCUAAGGCUGAGAAGGCAAGAGAGAAGACUUUGGUUGAUCAGUUCGAGGCUAAGAGGGCUAAAAAUAAGGCAAGCAGGGAAAGAAAAAUUUCUAGGAGAGAGGAACGCUUGGCUCAGGGACCAGGAGGAGGUAAGCCAGCAGCAGCACCACCUGCAGCUGCCACUCAACCAGCUGAGGUUUCCAAGGAGUCCAAGAAGUAAAAAAGAUGCCCUACAGUAGUAUGUCCAGCAGGUUUUUGGUCGAGCCAGUUUGCUGUUUUUGGUUAAUAUGAACCUGUUCUUUUAGUUGGAUUAAGAUUUCAUGAUUUUGUUCUUGGUUUACUGGUUUUGUCUUUUGCUUAAUUAUAUUAUGACAUUUAGUUUUUCUGGGUUUCGUUAA